GGUGGAGGCUCUCAAGCAAAAUCUGUCGUAGUCGCUGUCCGGGCCCACGAGAAACUGGAAAUAUCGGACGAUAAAUUUUACCUUAUCACUUGUGGAAAGUCAGGAUUCGUUAACGCAAGGAACGAAUUGUCUCAAGUUCACUUGAAUUUUAUGGAAGAUUACAAGAAGGUCAAUGAACUCUUCGUGGGUCGUCAGUAUGUUCUAAGAGCGGGACUUUCUCAAGGAAAAGAUUUUUACGAUAUUACAGUGAAAGAUUGUUACGGUUUUGGUUCCAACACAACCGAAGUGAAACUGAUUGAUUCUGAAGGGUGCUCUAAGACCAACUUCCUCUCCAAAUUUCGCUUCAACAAAACAGCCCAGGCGGCAGAUGCUGUGUUAUUUUCUACCUUCAAGUUUCCAAACACACAGAAAGUUCACCUGCAGUGUGAUAUUAUACUGUGUAAACGGAGUUGUCCCCAA